GCUGCCCACCCGAGCCGGGCGGGGAGGACGGCUCGCUGCGUGGCGAGGGAUGCGGCCUUUGAGGGGCAGAGGCUGAACCGCCCCGCCCGCCGCGCAUCGCUCCCCGCCUCCACAGCGGCGCCUGCCCAGCCAGAUUCCCCGCCCCAGCGGCAGCAGGAAGAACGCCGACUCCGCGGCAGGUUCUUUUUUUUUUAAGGAAAGUGAAUAAACUUAAUUGAGAAUGUCUGAAAACCUUGACAAGUCCAAUAUAAAUGAAGCAGGAAAAUCAAGAUCAAGUGAUUCUGAACAAGGCUUUGAAGCUGCUAUGGAAGGUUCUGAUGACGCUUUACAGAAAAAAACAAAGUCGGGCUCUCCUAGCACCCAAAGAGUGCAAAGACCUCACUCUAGUCCUCCUCGUUUUGUGACAGUAGAAGAGCUUCUAGAGACAGCAAAAGGAGUCACUAACAUGGCUCUAGCCCAUGAAAUUGUAGUAAAUGGAGACUUCCAGAUUAAACCUGUUGAACUACCAGAAGACAGUUUGGAAAAGAGAGUAAAGGAGAUUGUGCAUAAAGCUUUUUGGGAUUGCUUGAGUGUCCAGCUAAGCGAAGACCCCCCAACAUAUGACCAUGCCAUUAAACUUGUCGGGGAGAUCAAAGAGACUCUCUUAUCUUUCUUGCUGCCUGGUCACACUAGACUGAGAAACCAGAUUACAGAAGUCUUGGAUCUGGAGCUGAUAAAGCAGGAGGCAGAGAAUGGGGCCCUCGACAUUUCCAAGCUGGCAGAAUUCAUUAUUGGCAUGAUGGGGACACUGUGUGCACCUGCUCGAGAUGAGGAAGUUAAGAAACUAAAGGACAUUAAGGAAAUAGUGACCCUUUUCAGGGCAAUUUUUUCUGUGUUGGACCUAAUGAAAGUGGACAUGGCAAACUUUGCUGUCAGUAGCAUUAGGCCACAUCUCAUGCAGCAGUCGGUUGAAUAUGAAAGGAAGAAGUUUCAGGAGCUCCUGGAGAAGCAGCCAAAUUCCCUGGACUUCGUCACCCAGUGGUUGGGAGAAGCCGCAGAUGACCUUAUGAAUCAGAAGUAUAAAAACGCCCUGCCAGUGGGGGGAGGGGCCCCUGACUCUGGGGACAGUCCCAUCCCAACCAUGCCAAAUCCUGUUGCUGUCCAGAAUUGUGCUUACCUGAAGCUUCUGAAAUGGGACCACCUCCACAGACCUUUCCCUGAGACAGUUUUGAUGGACCAACCUCGCUUUCAAGAGCUCCAGCUCCAGCUGGAGCAACUGACCAUCCUGGGGGCCGUGUUGCUGGUCACAUUCAGCAUGGCAGCCUCAGGAAUUUCCAGUCAGGCGAGCUUUGCUGAGAAACUUAAGAUGAUCGUGAAGAUUCUGCUGACAGAUAUGCAUCUGCCCUCCUUCCAUCUGAAGGAUGCCCUGAUUACCAUUGGGGAGAAAGUCUGCCUGGAGGUGAGCAGCUGCCUUUCCUUGUGUGGGUUCACUUCAUUUACCACAGACAAGGAGACCGUGCUCAAGGGCCAGAUCCAGGCUUUGGCCAGUCCUGAUGACCCCAUCCGCAGGAUCAUGGAUUCCCGAAUCCUGACUUUCUUAGAAACCUACCUUGCCUCAGGUCAUCAGAAACCAUUGCCCACAGUACCUGGGGGAUUGGGUCCAGUCCACAAAGAGCUGGAGGAGGUUGCUAUUAAAUUUGUUCGCCUGGUCAACUAUAACAAGAUGGUCUUCAGUCCCUACUAUGAUGCAGUCCUCAGUAAGAUCCUUGUUAGAUCCUAGCACGUAUGCUCCCUACCGUAGCAGUAUUAGCUACUCCACUCAGAAUACCUAUUCUCAACUAUAAUGUUGCUUUGGAAAAUGGUUCUUUAGUACAUUUCUAUUUAAUAGCAUAGAUUCCAAAAGGAAGAAUAUUUAUUGUGUAUCACUGUUGAAAAGACUUGUUGAAAAAUGCGCUGAAUUCUAUUUUGAGAGUUUGUAUUUAUAAGUGCAAGUUUAUAAAUCAAAGAAGCUUUUAUCUUGAGUUUCAUAGGAAGCACUCAGCUUUUGAAUGGUUGACUGCUGUGUGUCUCCACCCCAACUCUAUCAUGACUGUAGCUGCUUUUCCCAGGAGGCUGGGACCUCUCUCCUGUUUCCUGGGUAAUUUUUCUUUCAGACACCCAAGAGUGAAAGAGAGUAAGCCAUGACCUUGUUUAGACUCUUGACUCUCUGGCACAGCCUUGCACCCCUUCUCUCUCCAGGUAUUUUGUGUUAGAAGGGCUAUAUAUUGUCUUAGUGCCUCACCCCCCCCACUGCCCCUAUUUAUUGCUUUUCCCCUGCCUGACUCAGCCAGAGCCCCAGAGACUUUUUGUUUUAGAGGAGAAUUACUUGAUUUUAAAAAGCUUAUUCUUUUAUACAAAAUUAGUACUGAGUAAUGAUAGCAGUUAUGAUUUAUGGGAUCUAGAGAGAGGAAGUUCUUUGACUUUUAAGCUUUGAAAGUUAAGGAGAAAAUAUAUGUAUUAAAUAUGUGUUAAUGUAAUAUAAAAGAUAAAUGUUUGGAGUUUUUACUGAAAAAUUCACUGUGAUACAAUACACAAAUGUAUUGAUUAGAUUAGAAUUCUAGCAUUAGACUUAAGUGUUUUCAGAUAAAUUAGUAUGAAUUUACUACUUCUUUGAUAAAGAAGUCAUAGAAAAAUCCCUGCGUAUUGUGCAGUAUUUUUUGAGGAACUUCAGUGACCAGAACUCCCAACAUAUCUUAUAACUGAAAGAGGAAUUUGGGUCUCAUAGAUGACUUGCUCUAUUAAAAAAAUAAAAUGUGUGCAUGUG